AUGCAGAACAGUCACAGCGGCGUGAACCAGCUCGGCGGGGUGUUCGUCAACGGGAGGCCGCUGCCCGACUCCACGCGGCAGAAGAUCGUGGAACUCGCGCACAGCGGCGCGCGGCCGUGCGACAUCUCCCGAAUCCUGCAGACCCAUGCAGAUGCAAAAGUCCAAGUGCUGGACAAUCAAAACGUGUCGAAUGGAUGUGUGAGUAAAAUUUUGGGCAGGUAUUACGAAACUGGCUCCAUCAGGCCCAGGGCGAUCGGAGGUAGUAAGCCGAGAGUAGCGACUCCCGAAGUUGUAAGCAAAAUAGCGCAGUAUAAACGAGAGUGCCCCUCCAUCUUUGCGUGGGAGAUUCGAGACAGAUUACUCUCGGAGGGGGUCUGUACCAACGAUAACAUACCCAGUGUGUCGUCGAUAAACAGAGUCCUCCGCAACCUGGCUAGCGAAAAGCAACAGAUGGGUGCCGACGGGAUGUACGACAAGCUAAGGAUGCUGAACGGGCAGACGGGGACGUGGGGCACCCGGCCCGGCUGGUAUCCCGGCACCUCGGUACCCGGGCAGCCCGCGCAAGACGGCUGCCCGCAGCAGGAGGGAGGAGGGGAGAACACCAACUCCAUCAGCUCCAAUGGGGAAGAUUCCGACGAGGCCCAGAUGAGACUUCAGCUGAAAAGGAAGCUGCAGAGAAAUAGGACAUCCUUUACCCAAGAGCAAAUCGAAGCCCUUGAGAAAGAGUUUGAGAGAACCCACUAUCCCGAUGUGUUUGCGAGAGAGCGACUAGCUGCUAAAAUAGACUUGCCUGAAGCAAGGAUACAGGUGUGGUUUUCUAACAGAAGGGCCAAGUGGAGAAGGGAGGAGAAGCUGCGGAACCAGCGGAGACAAGCCAGCAACACUCCCAGCCACAUCCCCAUCAGCAGUAGUUUCAGCACAAGCGUUUACCAGCCGAUCCCGCAGCCGACCACCCCUGGUUCCAUGUUGGGCAGGACAGACACGGCGCUCACGAACACGUACAGCGCGCUGCCGCCCAUGCCCAGCUUCACCAUGGCCAACAACCUGCCUAUGCAACCCCCGGUACCCAGCCAGACCUCCUCCUACUCUUGCAUGCUGCCCACCAGCCCGUCAGUGAACGGCCGGAGCUAUGACACCUACACCCCUCCGCACAUGCAGACACACAUGAAUAGCCAGCCCAUGGGCACCUCUGGCACCACUUCCACAGGUCUCAUUUCCCCUGGAGUGUCAGUUCCAGUUCAAGUUCCUGGCAGUGAACCUGAUAUGUCUCAGUACUGGCCAAGAUUACAGUAAAACAUGUGUUAAUUCUGUAAAUGACUAUAUGGACAACAGUUGGAUGUUCAGCAGUAUUUUCUAAAGGAAGAAUGGCUCUCAGAGUACUUCUGUACUGCAACUGUGCCCUACGCUGUAACACAUGGAAAAGACUCUAACACGGACCUUUGUACACUGAAGGCAUUAUAUCGGUUGGAACAAAUCUUCAUUUUGGUAUCCAAACUUUUAUUCAUUUUGGUGUAUUAUUUGUAAAUGGGCAUUUGUAUGUUAUAAUGAAAAAAAAGAAC